AUGCAAAGCAAAGCUGCAGGCAUGACUUCUGCCUACCCAAGUGCCUCUACCAACACAUUAUUUCCACCAAGUGUGAAUUUUGACCCCCAUCCUACACUGUUCACAUGGGGAAUCUUGCAGCAGAUGACGACCUCCCAAGUUUUCCCACAAAUUCCCUUGGCUGGAACAGCUAGAUUUGCUAUUUCUUCAUUACAUUCUGCAUACUCCAUGGGCAGGGAUUACAUUUCCCAUGAUGAUGAUAAUAACCAUGGAUUGUGGCAGAACCAUGAUAUCAUACCGGCACCGGCCCUCUUUGAUGAAUACCUCUUGAGUUUUAGUAUUGCCUAUCCAACUACCCAGUCAGUCCAAUAUGGUAACUCUUCCCAGCAGCAUGAGCUCCAUACAGUUUUGAAUCAUAUGCACUUGAGCUAUGAUGAAUUUCAUGCAGAGCACUUCCAGAUGCUGGCCUGGGAUUCUGAUAUGAAUGCUGAAGACUCUCCUUCCACUCCAGUAGUAGCAUCAUCAGAUCCUGAUCUAGACAGCGAUUCUUCUUCUGCUCCAGCCAUGGCAUCAUUGGAUUCUGAUGAGAUCCUGGAUCCCGAUAUAUACAUUAACUCUCCUUCCACUCCAACCAUGGCAUUGUCAGAUUCUGACUGGAUCCUGGAUUAUAUAGAUGGAAAUUCUCCUUCUGCUCCAGCAAUGAAUCCUGACAGGAAGAGGAGCACAGGUAGUGAUGAUAGCCAUCUACUCAACGUCAUCCUGGAAGAUCCUCAUAGACUUCAGUUGCAGCAGAAUGUUAUAGCAUCAUUUGAGGCUUUGCUAGAAAGGCUUCAACAUUUACUGUCUGACAAGCAAGCUAUUACCAUCCAUAGAAAUGUCCAGACUUUCAAGAGACUGCUUUGUGAAGCUGCUCUAUGUUCCUCUGAUCCUCUGCACUAUCCACCAGUUGUAAUUCCUGGUGAAACCAAACCAUCGAAAAGGAAAGGACAACCUUCUGCCUCCAUUGACCCACAGCUCCUUAAGGAUUUAACCAUGAGUUAUGGUGGCACUGUGAAAAUAGGCAGACUGUUGGGGUUUAGUGCAAGGACCAUCCGAAGGCUUCAGCUCAAGUGGAAUCUUGUAUUGCCAGGACAGGCACCCUUCCAGAUUCAUGUCACAGAUGAUGGGACAGAAUGUUGGAGCCAUCACAUCACUUGCCCUCAGAUGUCCAACCUUUCAGAUGAAAAACUUGACUCUAUGGUCCACGAGAUACUCAUGGAUCACCCUCACCAUGGUCGCAUAAUGCUGUCUGGUGUAAUUGCUAGCUGA